AUGAAAGUUCGAAGUUUCUUAAAGUUGGCAGGCUAUUACAGAAAGUUUAUUGAGGAAUUUUCUAAGAUAACCUUACCUUUGAUGAAGCCGACGCGAAAAAGGAAGGAUUUUGACUGGAAUGAAGAAUGUGAGACAAGUUUCCAUAAGUUGAAAGAGAAAUUAACAUCUGCACUUGUGUUAAUUUUGUCCGAUCCUGGUAGGAACUUCGAAAUAUACUAUGAUGCAUCAGGACAAGAGUCUUCUCUUGAAGUAAAGUGCAUAGAGAGGGAGAAACAAGCACUCCUCAACUUCAAACGAGGCCUCCAUGAUCCUUCUGGCAUUCUCUCUACAUGGAAAGAUGAUGAUUCCAAUGGAGACUGUUGCAUAUGGAAAGGCAUUGAAUGCAACAAUGAAACAGGUCAUGUUCACACGCUUGAUAUUCAUGGUCAUGAUGAUAUUCAAUACUUGAAAGGUACAAUUAACAUCACUUCAUUGAUUGACUUGCAAUACAUUGAACAUUUCGACCUCAGCUAUAAUGAUUUCCGUGACCAAAUCACAAAAGACAUUGGCUCCCUCAAUAACUUAAGAUAUCUCAAUCUAUCAUAUUCUGGUUUUGUUGGGAGGCUUCCUCUUGAACUAGGAAACCUCUCACAGUUGGAAUAUCUUGAUCUUAAAGUAAAUUCUCUUGUUGCCGCAAUCCCUUCUCAACUCGGAAAACUCACAAGUUUACGAUAUCUAGAUCUAAGUGACAAUUAUUUUGAUGGAGAAAUCCGAUAUCAGUUUCAAAAUCUUUCACUAUUGCAAUAUCUUGAUCUUCAAGAAAAUUCUCUUGUUGGAGCAAUCCCUUCUCAACUAGGGAAACUCACAAGUUUACGAUAUCUAGAUCUAAGUGGCAAUUAUUUUGAUGGAGAAAUCCCAUAUCAGUUUCAAAAUCUUUCACUGUUGCAAUAUCUUGAUCUUAACGGAAAUUCUCUUGUUGGAGCAAUCCCUUUUCAAAUUGGGAAUCUUCCAGUCCUGCAUACUCUUGGACUUGGUGGCAAUUUUGAUCUUAACGAUGCAAAGUGGUUGUCUGCUCUCUCUUCUUUAACAACUCUUGACCUGAGUUCAUUGCAUAAUCUUGGUUCCUCUUAUCACUGGGUACAAACGAUGAGUAAACUCAUUCCAAACCUGAGAGAGUUGAGGCUAUCUGACUGUGGUCUUUCAGAUGAUAAUGUUUCAUCUUUGUUUCAUUCUCAUUCCAACUUUUCCACUACUCUUACCAUCCUUGACCUCUCUUCUAAUAUGCUGACAUCGUCAACACUUCAGUUAUUGUUUAACAUUCCAUCUCUUAUGAGCCUUCGCCUCUCUUUUAAUAAUCUGACAUCAUCAAUAUUUCAUGGUAACUUCAACUUCAGCUCCAAAUUAAAAGAGUUGUAUCUAACAAACUGCAGUCUUAUGGAUGGAAGUUUUCUCGUGUCAUCCGAUGCCAUUAUCAAUUCUUCAUCUUCUCUUGUCACACUUGAACUCUCCUUGAAUCUGUUGAAAUCGUCGGCUAACUUGUUAGAAGGUCCCAUUCCAGAUGGAUUUGGGAGAGUAAUGAACUCUCUUGAAGUUCUCUGGCUAUCUUCUAACAAACUUCAAGGAGAGGUUCCAUCUUUCUUUGGGAACAUGUGCGCAUUGCGGACAUUAUCCCUCUCAGGUAACAACUUGAGUGGAGAAAUGUCAAGCUUCAUUCAAAACUCUUCAUGGUGCAAUAGACACCUAUUUCAGAGUUUGGAUUUAUCUAAUAACAGGAUUACAGGCAUGCUACCUAAAAACAUUGGAUUGUUGUAUGAGUUGGUGGAUCUGAACAUGGCGGGGAAUUCUUUGGAAGGUGACGUCACUGAGUCACAUCUCACUAAUUUCUCCAAAUUAAAAUGGUUGGAUUUGUCGUACAAUUCACUGUCUCUAAAAUUUGGCUCUAGCUGGGUCCCUCCUUUCCAAUUAAACAGCUUGAGACUAGCAUCUUGCAAGUUGGGUACGAGUUUUCCCAGUUGGCUCAAGACUCAAAGUUCCUUAUCAUCGUUGGAUAUUUCUGAUGCCGGGCUUCGUGACUCCGUGCCAGACUGGCUUUGGAACAACUCACCAUAUAUGGGACAAUUGAAUAUGUCUUACAACAAUCUAACAGGUACAAUUCCAAAUUCCCCAUUCAAGCUUCCUUCUAGACCGUCCAUAAUUCUGAAUUCAAAUAAUUUUGAGGGUGGAGUUCCAUCUUUUUUUAAACAAGCAUCGGAGCUGAAGCUUUCCGAAAAUAAAUUUUCAGAUUUAUUUUCAUUUUUAUGUGACAAAAGCGUUGCUGCAAACUUGGGCAUGUUGGAUAUAUCAAACAAUCAAAUUAAGGGACAAUUGCCAGAUUGUUGGAAAUCCGUCCGAUCAUUAUUGUUUCUUGAUUUAAAAAAUAAUAAUUUGUCAGGAAAGAUUCCAACUUCGAUGGGCACCCUUGUUAAAUUGGAAGCUUUGGUUUUACGGAACAAUAGUUUAUCAGGUGAAUUUCCUUCCUCUUUGAAAAAUUGUGGCAAUUUAAUGUUGUUGGAUGUCAGUGAGAAUUCGUUGUCUGGUCCAAUUCCAUCAUGGAUAGGUGAAAAUAUGCAGCAAUUGAUAGUCUUGAGCAUGCGAGAGAAUCGCUUCUCUGGAAACCUUCCCAUUCAUCUCUGUUAUUUAAGGCACAUUCAACUGUUGGACCUUUCCAUGAAUAACUUAUCAAAAGGAAUUCCAAAGUGCUUAAAUAAUUUUACUGCAAUGUCUAGACAGAGCAUCAACCAAAGCGAAACUCUAUCUCAGCUAUACUGGUGGUGGUACAAUGGAACGAACUCUGAAAUUUAUGGUACUUUGAGGAUUGGUGAUUACACGCUGAACAUAACAUUGAUGUGGAAAGGUGUGGAAUGUGGGUUCAAGAAUCCAGAGUUGAGUUUAAAGACCAUUGAUCUCUCGAGUAAUAAUUUAACAGGUGAAAUACCAAAGGAGAUUGGAUAUUUACUUGGGUUAGUUUCCUUGAAUUUAUCAAGAAACAAUCUGAGUGGAGAAAUUCCUUCUGGGAUUGGCAAUUUAAGCUCACUAGAAUUUAUUGAUUUGUCAAGAAAUCAUUUAUCUGGUGAAAUUCCUUCUACUCUUUCAAAAAUUGAUCGUUUAACGAGGCUAGACGUGUCACAUAAUUCCCUGCAUGGAAGAAUCCCUCUGGGAAGACAGUUGCAGACAUUUGAUGCCUCUAAUUUUGAAGAAAAUAGUGAUCUUUGUGGUGCACCGCUUCCCAAAAUUUGUCCAGGAGAUGAGACCACACUAAAGCCUCAUGGAUCAACAAAUCCUAGUGAAAAUCAAGAUGACAAUUCACUUUUCUAUGGCACGUUUUAUAUGAGCUUGGGAUUGGGAUUCUUCACAGGCUUUUGGGGCUUAUUAGGACCAAUACUGUUCUCCCAACCUUGGAAAAAAUGUUACAUCAGAUUUUUGAACAAAGUCACUGACUAUAUGUAA